GCUUGUGCGGCAGCGAGGCUACGCGACCGCCUCUCUUGCGGGGAAACUGAGGCAGCGUCCUACUUCCCCCUACCGUUUGGCUGUGGCUUCCCCCGCUUUGGAGGAGGGAGAGGGCGACAUCGGACCAAAAUUUGGCGAAGUUUGCUUUUUCUUAGUCACCUCAUGCGACCUUUUUCCCGCAGGGAGAGGCAGCACGUGGGGGCACUGAUUGGAGUGUCGGGAGACCUGGGUUCUAGUUUCUCUUCUGUCAUUGAUGCCCAGUGUGACCUUGGACGAGUCACUUUCGGGCCUUUUCCCGAGGAACCGGAUUAACAUUUCCCAGUGGGUUCCAGUAUGCAGCCAAUUGGUACCUGUGUCUUCUACACAGGGACAGUGGGGCAGGGCUCUGUCUGGUACUUCCCAGUGGCCUCAGAUGAGCCAGUCCCUAGAAUGUGGUGGAUCAGAACAGAUUCCUGGGAUAGAUGUUCAGUGGGGGAGGAAGUAUCACACCACAAAUAAGCUUUCUACUACCAAGGAUUCCCCACAGCCUGUUGAGGAGAAGGUUGGUGCCUUCACGAAGAUAAUAGAAGCCAUGGGAUUUACAGGACCUUUGAAAUACAGUAAAUGGAAGAUUAAGAUUGCGGCCCUGCGCAUGUAUACUAGCUGUGUGGAGAAAACUGACUUCGAGGAAUUCUUUCUAAGGUGUCAGAUGCCUGAUACAUUCAAUUCAUGGUUUCUUAUAACUCUACUUCACGUCUGGAUGUGUCUAGUCCGAAUGAAGCAGGAAGGCCGGAGUGGGAAAUAUAUGUGUCGGAUCAUAGUUCAUUUUAUGUGGGAGGAUGUUGAGCAGCGUGGCAGAGUCAUGGGGGUCCCUUUGUCUGAAGUGGUCUUAACACCUGUCUUCCCUGCUCGUGGCACUGUGAGGCACAGCUGGAUAGUGCCUCUUCCACGAAGCUUUUCCCAGCACCCCCCAAUAAUAUUGACACAAACAAGGUUUUGCCCAUCUAUCCGUCUAUUUUAUUGUGGUCUGCUAACUUCAGGUACUCUGCUAGGCACUGGAGAUACACAGAUGAUGAAGAUACUGUCCCCGCCUCCCCAGUCUUGUAGGAGAAGACAAACGGAUAAGCAGGUUAAUUCUUAUAUUCUGAAGAAGAACAUGAUCCUUAUGACAAAUAAUUUCUAUGCAGCAAUCUUGGGAUAUGAUGAGGGGAUCCUUUCAGAUGACCGUGGGCUGGCUGCUGCCCUCUGGAGAACCUUCUUUAACCAAAAAUGUGAAGACCCUCGGCAGCUUGAAUUGUUGGUGGAGUAUGUGAGGAAACAGAUGCAGUACUUGGACUCCAUGAAUGGUGAGGAUCUGCUUCUGACAGGGGAGGUGAGCUGGCGCCCUCUUGUGGAGAAGAAUCCUCAGAGCAUCCUGAAGCCUCAUUCCCCAACUUACAACGAUGAGGGUCUUUGAUGGGCUGGUGCCUCUGAACAGCUGGCCUGCUGGCUUUGAGGAACUGCCAGGAGAGAGGUGCUUGUUUGGCCCGGAACCCUGCAGAAAGUGGCCUGAACUGACCUUUGAACAGCAUCUGUCCAAUACCUGGCCCCAUUUGUGUUGAUUAUCCUCUUAGUAUGCCCAGGAGUCUGAUCUGGUGGGGUACAGUGCUGGGAGAACCCUUAGCUCUUCUGAGGUAUCCUCCCCCCCCAGGAGAAGCCUGGAGCAGGAGCUCCCCAGCACACACUCCCCUGGUCCCCUCCAGUAACUGAUUGACAGCUUUUCCCAAAGGCAGCAGAGGGAUGGGGAUAGGUUAGCAAGGGGACACUUCCACCAAGGGCCCACCGUGGCCAAGGGGCAGUUUGGAAUGCUGCUGAGUCAAGACGGGUAACCACGCUCUGUCCUCCGGCUUUGAGCCAUGGAGUUGAGUUGGCCAUUAAAAGAAACAGAGACUUAUCUCUGCCAUGGAUUGUCUUUAUUCCAGGGUUUUUAGAAACUUACCUGAGAUGGCAGUUGCCAUAAGCUGAGGGCCAUCACCCAGCUCAGUUAGAGGCAGGGAAGGCGAGAGGGUCAGGAGGGUCUCUGCUGCUCCUUUUGUCUCUAGUUCAUGGAGAUGUCACUGUUCUGGCCAAGGCCUAGCCUGCCAGGCUCCAUCGUCUGGGACCCAGAAGGGCUCUGAUGGCCAAGGGGCUUGUCACAUCCUGAGUCGUUUGGAAAGAAGCCCCAAGAACAUAUGUCCCUUUGUCACGAGGGGAGGAACAUGCUGUCUUUCCUCUGUUGACUCCCUUUAUGUGAGAUACUGGGGAGAAGAGGAGAAAAUUCUUUCUGGCUUCAUUGUGCCAUCCCAGGGCCCAGCCCCGUGCCCAGCUUUCUAGCCCCGUCCCAACUUCUGGAGCAUGUGCUGCACAGCCAGCUCGGUCUGUGCACUUGAGGAUCAGUCCCCUCCUUCCUGAGUGUGGGUCAUCUCUUGGGGGAUUUUCUUUACAUGGAAGAAAGGGGGCGGGGAACCAUAGUGCCCCUCCUUCCCCCAUCAAACUUCCUUCAUUUAACUUGCUAUAAAAUGAGUCAUAUAAAGAAAUUCUAUAUGGGUGAGGUAUAUCCCACUUCUGUGAAAACAUUACAAAUCAGACCGCCUUCUCAGAGUUUAUUUAAGAUGCUUUUGUUGCAAGCGGAGUUCUAGAGUGAAGCCCCCUCUGUGUGUGUGAGAUAGUAACACCUUGUAACUCAUUACAGCUGGGCACUAUUUACAUAAACCAGAGCUGAGCCAGGCAGGAAUUUGCUGAUUAAUUUAUUUUUAAUGGAGUGAAGUAUACCAUGCACCAAAAUAAACUUUACUGUGUGUACCUAA